UUCGAUGAUUUAUUGGUCGGUGCUCCAUUCGAGUACGUCGAAGAUGAUGAGGGUUCUUUCGGUGGUGCCGUUUACAUCUAUUUCUCAUCGGGCGAAAAAAGGAAACGUCAUGAGAAUUCGAAAGUUUUCUUGAAACCGAUCAAAAUUCGUGGUCCUGGCGUAUAUUCGCAAUUCGGUCUUUCGAUUGCACAUCUCGGUAAUGUUGACGGCGAUAGUCAUAAAUAUAACGAUUUUGCGGUGGGUGCACCGUAUUCGAACGAUGGUAAAGGAGAAGUUUACAUUUAUCACGGCGCUAAAUCUCCAGAUGUGAUCAAAACUGAACCAGUUCAAGUGCGCACGUUUCUCCUUUCAUUAAAUUUUGAUACAAAUGGCGGUUUUAAAUUCGCAUGCUGCUCAUGCAUUAUGAUAAAAUCGCGUAGUUAG